UGGCUACCGUGGUGAGAGGCAUUUUCAAGAGCACAGAAUCAUUCUUUUCGUUAUUAAAAGAAGAUGCUGUUUAAUUUGAGGACCCUGUUGAACAGUACAGCUCUUAGAAAUGGUCACCAUAUCGUGGUUCGAAACUUUCGAUGUGGACAACCACUACAGAAAAAAGUACAGCUAAAGGGUCGCGACCUCCUUACUCUAAAGGACUUUACAGGAGAAGAAAUUAAGUACAUUCUAUGGCUAUCAGCAGAUCUGAAACACAGGAUAAAACAGAAAGGAGAGUAUUUGCCGUUAUUACAAGGGAAGGCCUUAGGCAUGAUUUUUGAGAAAAGAAGUACACGAACAAGAUUGUCCACAGAAACAGGUUUUGCACUUCUGGGAGGCCAUCCUUGUUUUCUUACAACACAAGAUAUUCAUCUGGGUGUAAAUGAAAGUCUCAAAGACACAUCCCGUGUGUUGUCUAGCAUGACAGAUGCAGUAUUGGCUCGGGUGUAUAAACAAUCAGAUCUGGUCACCCUGGCUAAGGAAGCAUCCAUCCCUAUUGUCAAUGGGCUGUCAGAUUUGUACCAUCCUAUCCAGAUUCUGGCUGAUUAUCUCACUCUCCAGGAACAUUAUGGCUCUCUUAAAGGCCUGACUCUCAGCUGGAUUGGAGAUGGAAACAACAUUCUGCACUCCAUUAUGAUGAGUGCAGCAAAAUUUGGGAUGCAUCUUCAGGCAGCUACACCAAAGGGUUAUGAGCCGGAUCCUAAUAUAACCAAGCUGGCAGAGCAGUAUGCUAAGGAGAAUGGUACCAAGAUGACGCUGACAAAUAACCCUUUGGAAGCUGCUCGUGGAGGCAAUGUAUUAAUUACAGACACGUGGAUAAGCAUGGGACAAGAAGAGGAGAAGAAAAAACGGCUCCAGGCUUUCCAAGGUUACCAGAUUACCAUGAAGACUGCUAAAGAAGCUGCCUCUGACUGGACAUUUUUGCAUUGCCUGCCCAGAAAGCCAGAAGAAGUAGAUGAUGAAGUGUUUUAUUGUCCACGAUCACUUGUAUUCCCAGAGGCUGAAAAUAGAAAAUGGACAAUCAUGGCUGUUAUGGUGUCCCUGCUGACAGAUUACUCACCUCAGCUCCAGAAGCCAAAGUUUUGAUGCUGUGAUAAUAGUCAAAGAGAAAUGCUGCUCUUCAGUAACUGAUUGAAUCAGUUUAUGGGGGAUAAGGAUAAGAGUCUAAAAAAUAAAUUCUGAUACAUGGUGUAGGUGAACAUUUGACAUUGCUUUGCCAUUGCAAAACCUGCCUGAAGCUCUUAAAUAUCGAUCACACCAUAGUACACAACCAAAUUUGGUUUAAAAUCUCUGAAGUUCAUAAUCUUUGAUUUACAUUGAAAUAGCAUGACAAUAAUCAUAUAUAAUUGCUUUAACUCAAUAUAAAAUACUGUGGUUAUAGCACAUGAUGUCUAAGUCAUUACUUGCACUCUAUGAUUAUUACCUUAAUAAACUGCU